AUAUAAUACAUAUAUCAUUUUAAUAAUUAAUUAGAUGGACUCGGGAAAAAAAUUAGAAGGGUGUAGUUGUAGUUCUAAAUCAGCAAACAAGAGUAAUCAAUCAAAAUGCGAACAACCACAAAAGUCAUCAUAUUCGACACAACAAACCCCUUGUAGCCCGUGUCCGUGUCCCGCAGAAGAAUGUAAAGUCACUCUUAAGACCGUGCGUGCUUUAGUCGAGGCCGAAAAUAAAGACGUAGAAUUGUCAGAGCUGUUAAGUGGUAUAACUAUUCUAGACGAGCAUAGACCAAAAAAGAAAAUCUUAAAUAUGUAUGACGCAAAUUCGAAAAUUAAUAGAGUCGAAAUGGAACAUAAUGUAGAUCCGGAAUAUAUAGCAUUUAUUAUGAAGAAUAUUGAAGAUGGAUAUAACUUGAAAACGGACCCAAUUGAAAUGUAUGAACACUUAUUUUCAAAAGGUAAUGAAGAAGCACCUCUAGUGGCACUUGGUCCUACCGCUGACUUAUCAAAUGAAGAUCUUGUAGUGCCACUUUCACCUCCAGCAGUUGUAAAUGCUAAAGACCCAGAUUACGAAAAAGGUUCACGAAUUGGAAGAAUCAUACAAAGUUUAAAUGUCACCGUGGCUGAGGCUACUAAUAUUGAUAACGUUGACGAUCUACAAGUACUCAUAGGUGGAGGAACACAUGAAGAAAACAUAGCAGAUAGUACUCAUAACGAAUACGAUGGUGGAACCCGUGAUUUAAAGUUGGAGACUAGAGCACCAAUACAAUCAGCUGCCGUUUUACGCGGCUCUACGCCUCCUACCUGGUUUCCAGGCUAUAAUGUAGCGCUUCCUAACACAGCUCAUCCUGCACUAGUAAAUGAUCCAGCAACUGUAUUAGACGAAGCUUGGUUCCACAGUCAACCUUUGGCUUUAAAUUUAGACACUAAGGGAGCUAAACUAAUAGGAUCCUAAUUUUUUUUAAUAGUGUUACAUAACACACGAUUAAAUAUG